CGGUGUGUCGGACGCCUCUUCUGUUACCAUAGUGAUUGCUUAGCCAUGGCGUCCCAGACUCCGGCCGCACGACUUUUCGCCUCUUUGCCACUGAGCGAAACUGCUGAUAACUUGGAGAACAAGGCGGGGAUUGUGCUGGGGCAGAGAGGGGGGCGGGAGGUCCAUGUGAGCGGCUACUCCGAGCUGAGCGUUGCCCCGGACCGGGCCCGAGUGUCCUUCCAUCUCAGCAGCACCAAAGCGGCAGCAGCCGAGGCCAAGAGCAGCGUCCAGAGAAGGCUCGAGUACAUCGAGCAGUGUCUGCGGCAAAGCGGGGUCUCGGAAGAAAAUGUAAACAUUACUAAAGAAUUUAGAAAAAUAUCAAACACAUAUCAAAUGGAAACAGAGGUUUUUGCCAUAUUCUUGAAUUUUGAAAAAUUGCAGAGCGUCUGUAACACAUUGGUUGAAAAGCUGGAAAAUUCAAUUGCCAUAUCGCCUGUACAGUUUUAUCACUCUCCACAGAGCUUGGAAAAAUUAAGACGUGAGGUUUGCAUUGGUGCCGUUGGUAAUGCAAGACGCAAAGCUCAGGAAAUCUGUCAUCUGGUUGGCCAUUCACUUGGUAAGGCUUUAACCAUAAGAGAAGAAGAAAUGCGGGAAUGGGAAGAUCAGUCAGAAAACUACCACGGAUCUCUAUCUAUUCAACAUAAAAUAAAGAGUGCUACAAUUCACGCUUCUUCAAAAGUCUGUGCCACAUUUGAAAUUAAAACAAAAGAGAGAAACAAGAAAAACUGCUGAGGAAAGGUUUACCAAAAUACAAUUAUUCAGAUUGUACUAUAUUAAAUAUAUGUAUAUAUUGUUUUUGGCAUGCUAUCUCAAGCUCCCCUGCAAUAAAGAAAACUUUGCAUUUUUCCUUAUUUACAAAAGGUGUUAGUAUAGUUUAUUAAUAUUUUAGUUUUAAUAACACACUGAAAAAGGCUUGUGUUCAAACUCCCAUUACUUUGGGGUGGUAGCAAUGGUUAUAGUAUUUAGCCGUACCUAUGCACCUUCCUGCAUCCCUCUGAACGUUUAAGUAGCAUAAUGCAGUGGCCAUUGAAGUGUAAACUCACCUGCCAAUGUCAAGGCAAAUCUCUUAACAUUCACCUUGCUGCUGUUACCUAUAAAGCAAAAAGCUAAUGAGACAUCAAUAUUU